GGGGCGGGACGACGGCGGGCGCUGCCCGGCGCACUAGCCGGCUUGCGGGCGCUGCCAGUCUCCGGCGGCGGUGUCCGGCGCGCGGCUGAGCGACCGAGCGUGCGGACGGAGCGGCGGCCUGCUGGGCGGGCUGAGCGGCGCGCGCGGCGGCGGAGAGACGCGGAGCGAGGGACGCGGCGGCGGCGGACGCGGCGACAGGUCUUCUACUUACAAAGGACAAUGACUACUGAUGAGGGCACCAGUAACAAUGGAGAGAACCCAGCAGCCACCAUGACUGAGCAGGGUGAAGAUAUCACUACGAAGAAAGACAGAGGAGUAUUAAAGAUUGUCAAAAGAGUGGGGACUAGUGACGAGGCCCCAAUGUUUGGUGACAAAGUUUAUGUCCACUACAAAGGGAUGUUGUCAGAUGGAAAGAAGUUUGAUUCCAGUCAUGACAGAAAGAAGCCAUUUGCCUUUAGCCUUGGCCAAGGCCAGGUUAUCAAAGCCUGGGACAUUGGGGUGUCUACUAUGAAGAAAGGCGAGAUCUGCCAUUUAUUAUGUAAACCAGAAUAUGCUUAUGGCUCGGCUGGCCACCUCCAAAAAAUUCCAUCAAAUGCAACUCUCUUUUUUGAGAUUGAGCUCCUUGAUUUCAAAGGUGAGGAUUUAUUUGAAGAUUCAGGCGUUAUCCGUAGAAUCAAACGGAAAGGCGAGGGAUACUCAAACCCAAACGAAGGAGCAACGGUAAAAGUCCACCUGGAAGGCUGCUGUGGUGGAAGGACAUUUGAUUGCCGAGAUGUGGUGUUCGUUGUUGGGGAAGGAGAAGACCACGACAUUCCGAUUGGGAUCGACAAAGCCCUGGUGAAGAUGCAGAGAGAAGAACAGUGUAUUCUAUAUCUUGGACCACGCUAUGGUUUUGGAGAAGCCGGGAAGCCUAAGUUUGGCAUUGACCCCAAUGCUGAGCUUAUGUACGAGGUCACCCUUAAGAGCUUCGAGAAGGCCAAAGAAUCUUGGGAGAUGGACACCAAAGAAAAGCUGACGCAGGCUGCCAUCGUGAAAGAGAAGGGAACUGUGUACUUCAAGGGAGGCAAGUACACGCAGGCCGUGAUUCAGUACAGGAAGAUAGUGUCCUGGCUGGAGAUGGAAUACGGCCUGUCAGAGAAGGAGUCCAAAGCCUCAGAGUCGUUCCUCCUCGCAGCCUUCCUGAACCUGGCCAUGUGCUACCUGAAGCUCCGAGAGUACAACAAAGCCGUGGAGUGCUGCGACAAGGCCCUUGGACUGGACAGUGCCAAUGAGAAAGGCUUGUACAGAAGGGGCGAGGCCCAGCUGCUCAUGAAUGACUUUGAGUCGGCCAAGGGCGACUUCGAGAAGGUGUUGGCAGUCAAUCCUCAGAACAGGGCCGCUCGCCUGCAGAUCUCCAUGUGCCAGAGGAAGGCGAAGGAGCACAACGAGCGGGACCGCAGGGUGUACGCCAACAUGUUCAAGAAGUUCGCAGAGCGGGACGCAAAGGAGGAAGCCAGCAAAGCUGGGAGCAAGAAGGCUGUAGAAGGAGCCGCUGGCAAACAACACGAGAGUCAGGCCAUGGAAGAAGGAAAGGCCAAAGGCCAUGUAUGACGCUGCGCCACGGAGGGAAGAGAGUCCUAAUGAACUCGGCCCUCCUCGCUGGGCUCGCCUCCAACUCAGGACUGAACAGUGUUUAGUGUAAGGUUUGUUACAGUCUCUGUGAUUCUGGAAGCAAAUGGCAUACCAGUAGCUUCCCAAAUGACCACCUGCUGCUGCGGGGGGGUGGGGGUGGGGGACAUGCCAGGAAACAGCAGAGAAGGCCGCUGGUGUGAAGAGACCAGGCCAGCAGCUCAGUCCAGCCCAUUUCAGUUUGUCACCUUUCAGUGUCCAGCACAGCAUCCCUGUGAACCUAGGGCCCAGCUGCUGUGGGUUCUACAUCGGCACUAGGGUCACACUGCAGAAACCGUUGAUAAAACAAACUCAGUGAUCUCUGCUUUCCUAUUGGUGGGCAUGGCAGGGGCGGGUGAUGAGAUUUGCUUAGCACUGACUGACUGGCCUGCUAAGAACACAAGCCCACAGCCAGGGGCUCCCUGGUCCACAGCUGGGUCUCAGGCCCCUUACCUGCCUUCCAAGUCCUUUCGCAGACUCUUGAGUGUGGCUUUCUGUCCUAGCCAGCAUGUCCCACAGACUCUGUUGUUCCUCCAACGCCCGUCAUUAGUGACAGCUUUCUCUCUGAGUUUCUGUGGUGUGGAGAGUGGGUAGAAGUAGGUUUAUCUUUCCCGCUGUCUGCCCCACUCAAGGACGAUGUUAGCGCUCAGCCAUCCCUGCCCAGCACAGCUGCUCAGCCUCAUGCUCCCACCCGCACCCUUGCUGUGCAGAACCUAAGGCUUGCUCCCGUCCCAGACUCGAGUGGACGGACAUCCAUGUCCACCCAGGAUUGACGAAGGAAGGAACUUCACACUCCUCUAUCAUGCAAAAAUAGUUUUCAAUUUUUACUUUUUAGCUUGGGUUUUGAAAGGCAAACUCUAGGAGGCUUAAAACGGGCAGUUACUCUUAAGGCGAGGUAGAUACCUCAUCCUGCACCGCAGCCUCUGUAUUCUGGUGGGAGCUGUAAGGGUUGCGGGCUUCCGGUGUCCAUGCAUCAAGCCAAAGUCUCCAAAACUUGGGCAUUGAAUUAGGGCAAAUCUUAAAUAGUUUUGGGGUUGGAUUUUAGUCCUACAGGUGAUGAUUGAACGUGGCUGGCUUCUCCACAGCCUAAGGAACCCCCAUGGGGACACACCCACCACCCAAUGACCCAUGCACCUCUGCCUGGACAGCUCACUUCCAGCCCUAAGGACCACUGUGCUCAAGAUGUGUGGCUGUAGUAAGACAGUCUCAUGUCAGGCAUUAAGUCAAGGCCUUCCUUCACACCUGCGGGACAGCGCUUCUGAGGCUCCAGUUCUGCUCUGCUCGAAGCAGGAGGGAUGGGUUGUGAAGGAGUCUGGGAUGUGACUGGGACCCUCGCAUCUCACACUCGGCACUCUGCCUCUUUCCAUCCAUGUUUGAGAGCCCUGGUCUCACCAGGAAGUGCAGAGCAGGAGCCGACUGUGUGUGUAAUGCUCUAGUGUUUGUAGUUCUCUUCACUAGCCUUGCAGCGCCAGGGAGGCCGGGCUGGAAUUUGAGCCUAACAUGUUAGGUUUUUACGGGAAAGCUCUUUUUCCAGCUGUCUCCCAAGUGCGUAUUGUGGGCCAAGGAGACUGGUAUGGGAAGGGGGGAUGGUCAAGGUUCCAAGCCAGAAAUGGAAGGUGCCCAGCACCCCUGGAUUUUACAUGUUCUUGUAUUCAGUAAUCUCAGACGAUUUACACGGAAAUCAGAAGAUGUCUUCAAAUACCCUUAGACUGGAUAGAGUGAUGGGGAAGCAGAUGAUGCAUUGAAAUUUUGGUUUUUAAAAAAUCACUUAGAUGCUGGGAGUAAUGGUGACACACACCCUUGGUCCCGUGACCUGGGAGGCCCUGUCUCAAAACAAAACAAAAAAUCAUUUAGAUGCAUUUUGUGUUCCUUAAAUAAAUUUUUUAAAAAGUGGUUUUUCAUUGUUCAUGGCUUUUUGUUUUUGUUGUUUGUUUGAUUUUUGAAGUUUACUUUUAUCUUUGUCUGCUAGAGUUUUGUGUCCAGCUGCCCUUGGGGACCAGAAAGGGACUUUGAAUCUCCUUGAAAUGAAGAUACAGUUGUUAGCCAGAUGUGGGUGUUGAGAACUGAACCCAAGUCCUCUGAAAAGCAGGAAGUGCUCUUAACUGCUGGGCUGCCCCUCUCCCACCCCUCCAUUGUUUGGGUUUGACUUAAACACUUGAUUUUUUUUAUGAUUUUUUUAAACAGAUUUAUUUAUUGUAUGUAUGUGAAUACGCUGUUGUUGUCUUCAGGCACAGCAG